UGCCAGUCAACUCCAAUCCAUGCAAGUCCAUGUCGAGUUGCAAGGUUGCCUUGUAACGUAACCUCAACUUCUCGUCCUCUUCUUUUUGGCGAACAAUUUUCGCGAAAACAGCAAGACAAAAUAGAGUUUAUGAACAUUUGCGACGGGUUCGGAGGACCAUGCGACUUGUGACGGCCAUGAACGCUAAGCUGCCACUGAUUUUACGGCAGCGCGGCGCAAUCGUGCGUUCGUUCCGCGGAAACCGGUCGGUCUCGGAUCAUCAUGCAUCGUCAUCAUCAGUUUGUGCGAGGCUACGACCGAUGCGAGGGGAAUAUCUGUUUCACAAGUCAGGAUUACCGAGGAUCGCUCAAAUUCACUCCACGACGGUAACGACGGUGAGAUUUUUUUCAGCUAAGAGAUACUCCGAUAAAGAUCCUCCGAGUGAUGGUAACGGAGAACAAUCCGGAGAUUAUCCAGCCUCCCUGCCCGCGACCGUAGUGGUGCCUGAAGUAUGGCCUCAUGUACCAGUCAUUGCUAUCAAUAGAAAUCCAGUUUUUCCUAGAUUUAUUAAGCUGAUUGAGAUCAGCAAUCCAGUUUUGAUAGAUUUGAUACGUAGAAAAAUAAAAUUAAAUCAGCCUUACGUAGGUGUUUUCUUAAAGAAGACUGAAGAGAAUGAAGCUGAAGUUGUUCAAAGCUUGGAUGAGAUUUAUCCAAUUGGAACUUUUGCCCAAGUACACGAGGUACAGGACCUAGGAAACCGAUUAAGAUUAGUAAUUAUGGCACACAGGAGAAUAAAAAUUAUUAACCAAAUUUUCGAAGAUGUUAAUUCAAAAGUGGAACAUGAGAUGAAACUGACGUUUCCACUAUUAAAUACUACAAUUACCGUUCCUGUAGACGACACAAUGACCAGUGGCAAGACAAACCGAAGAUCAUUGCGUAAAAAGGCAGAAAAUAGAAUUUCAGAGCGAAUAGAGAAAACAGAAAAGAUCAGUGAUACGAACCCUACCGUCGAAAUAAAACCGCCGAAAGAUUCAACGGAGAAGAUUACGGAAAAACCAUUAGAUUCAUCGAUUCCAGAGUCUGGUAGUCAACCUAUACUAAUGGUGGAAGUUGUAAAUGUUACACAUGAAAAGUUUAAGCAAACUGAAGAGAUUAAGGCACUGACGCAAGAGCUUAUCAAAACGAUCCGAGACAUAAUCAGUAUGAAUCCUUUGUAUCGUGAAUCUCUGCAACAAAUGCUGCAUCAAGGACAAAGAGUUGUGGAUAAUCCGGUUUAUCUCAGUGAUUUAGGUGCCGCUUUAACUGGAGCCGACGCGCAGGAAUUGCAGCAAGUUUUAGAAGAAAUGGAUAUUUUAAAAAGACUGAGACUAUCCCUUGCGCUUUUGAAAAAGGAAUAUGAAUUGAGUAAAUUGCAGCAGAAAAUUGGUAGAGAAGUCGAGGAGAAAGUAAAGCAGCAACAUAGGAAAUAUAUACUUCAUGAACAAUUAAAAGUUAUUAAGAAAGAAUUAGGAUUGGAAAAAGAUGACAAAGAUGCAAUAGAAGAAAAAUACAGGGAAAGAAUAAGACAAAAAACAGUUCCUAAAUCUGUUAUGGACGUAUUAGAAGAGGAGUUAAAUAAACUUUCUUUUUUAGAAAGUCACAGUAGUGAAUUCAAUGUUACAAGGAAUUAUCUCGACUGGCUUACGUCUAUGCCGUGGGGUGUGACGAGUACAGAGAAUUUAAAUCUUCAAGAUGCCAUUAAAAUUUUGGACGAGGAUCAUUAUGGAAUGGACGAUAUAAAGAAAAGAAUACUUGAAUUUAUUGCUGUUAGUCAACUGAAAGGUAGUACACAAGGAAAGAUAUUAUGUUUCUACGGGCCUCCUGGGGUCGGCAAGACUUCAAUAGCCAGAUCAAUUUCCCGUGCUUUAAACAGAGAAUAUUUUAGGUUUAGUGUCGGUGGAAUGACGGACGUCGCAGAGAUUAAGGGACACAGGAGAACAUAUGUGGGAGCCAUGCCAGGCAAAGUUAUUCAAUGUUUGAAAAAAACGAAAACUGAGAAUCCAUUGAUUUUGAUAGAUGAAGUGGAUAAGAUCGGCAAAGGACAUCAAGGAGAUCCAGCAUCUGCUCUUCUUGAAAUGUUAGAUCCAGAACAAAAUGCAAAUUUUCUGGAUCAUUAUUUAGACGUUCCAGUAGAUCUAUCGAAAGUACUAUUUAUUUGUACAGCAAAUGUGACAGAUACUAUUCCGGAACCCCUAAGAGAUCGUAUGGAGAUGAUAGACAUGUCCGGCUAUGUUGCCGAGGAGAAACUCGCUAUCGCGAAGCAAUACUUGGUUCCACAAGCUAGAACUGAAUCUGGUCUCAGUGAAGAACAGAUCACCAUACAAGACAACGCGCUCACGGUGUUGAUCAAAUCUUACUGCCGAGAGUCUGGAGUGAGAAGUUUGCAGAAACAUAUAGAAAAGGUGCACAGGAAGGUGGCGUUUAAAGUCGUUAAGAAGGAAGUUGACAAGAUCAACAUUACCGUGGACAACCUGCAGGAGUUCGUGGGCAAACCUGUGUUUACACAUGACAGGAUGUACGAAAUCACACCACCUGGUGUUGUGAUGGGCCUAGCGUGGACCGCUAUGGGCGGGUCCACACUGUUUAUUGAGAGCACCAUCAGAAAACCAACGGGUGGCAAAAAGACUGAAGGCACCUUUGAAGUCACCGGUCAUUUGGGUGACGUGAUGAAAGAGUCCAUUCAUAUUGCGAUGACUGUGGCGAGAAAUUAUCUGAAACAGGAAGAGCCUUCAAAUACGUUUCUGUACGAUUCUCACUUGCAUAUACACGUCCCUGAAGGAGCGACUCCAAAAGAUGGGCCUAGUGCAGGCGUAACAAUCGCCACUGCGUUAUUGUCCUUGGCUAAAAAUCAAGCUAUUAGACAGAACGUGGCAAUGACAGGUGAAUUAAGUCUUAUGGGUAAGGUACUUCCUGUCGGUGGUAUCAAAGAGAAAGUUAUUGCAGCGAAACGAGUCGAUGUUAAAUGCAUAAUUUUACCUGACGAGAACAAAAAAGAUUUCAACGAUCUACCUGAAUAUAUCAGAGAUGGCUUAGAAGUGCAUUUUGCCUUGACGUUCAAUGACAUUUAUCGUAUAUGUUUCGCGAAAACGGAUGAGAUCGAUUCUCUUCGAUCUAAAUCGAUCACUGAUCAAGUUUCAUCCACACAGCCAACAUUUGGAUAAAAUAGUGUACAAGGUGUAUUAUUAUAACAAAUCAGACAUAUGUUCUUUUGAAUUUCUCGUUUCGCUAUGAUUAAUACUAUCUUAUAUUUUGAUCUCUUUUGAAUCAUGUUUUGUACACAAAUAAUAUGCAUAAGGAUAUGUCACUGAAAAAA